AUGGGCAGCGACGUCUUGGCACGGCGCCCCAUCAAGAUGGGCGGCGUGAUUCCAUCCUUGGGGAAGCCGUCGUCGGCAUUCGAGAAACUAGGCCUCUCGCCGACGCUCUGUGCGCAGCUCACCGCGACGAUGCCGCAUGUGGCGGAGCCGACGCCGGCGCAGGCCGCGCUCAUUCCGGCCGUCCUGUCGCCAAGUGACGUGAUCCUGCGCGCGCAUACCGGUUCGGGCAAGAGCCUCGCGCUGCUGCUCGCGCUGCUCGCGAAGCCCCGCCUGCUCUUUCGUCACGCAGGAAAAGCGCCGGCGGCCGGCAUUUCGGCGUGGAUCAUCGUGCCGAGCAACGAGCUGGCGGAACAGUACAUGGCGUGGGCGCGUGCGCUCGUCCCCACACAGCUCGCUACCUCGAUGGACGCCGUGAUCCAAUGCGUGCUGCUGAACGAACCAGAGGGCCGCUCGCUGCUGGGCCUCGAGACGAUCCGUACCGUGGCACUGGACGAGGCGGAUGCGCUCCUCCAGCUCCCAGGGCGCUUUCCGAGCGCGAAGCAAGUGUGGCGCCACCAGACGCAUAGCACGCCGGGCCUCCAGCUGCUGAACCAGGUGAUGCUCCGGCGCGCGACCUACUCGGGGGGCGAGCGCCUGCUCACCGCCGGCCUCGAGCGCACCGGGCCCCGCCGUGGCCCCGAAAAGCGCCCGCCGGAGCAUGUGCGCCGCGCGCAGUAUCGCGGCGCCGAAAAGGCGCAGGACCUCGCGCCUGCGCUCCCGCGCGAGCCCGGCACGGUGCCGCUGCAGCUGAUCUGCACGAGCGCGACGGCCAACUCGGUGCUGCGCCACUUUCUCGGCGCACGCACCGGAUGGCUCCGCACCAACACGCGCGAGACACGCGACACGGCAUGCUACCUCGACCAGACGGGCCUCACGGACGGCGCGUCGGCGUCGGCAGCGCUGCCCCGUGAGAUUUCGCACACGUGCCUCGUCGUAGACACGCCGGGCGACGCGCCGUACGCGGACGCGGGCCUGCAGCUGCCGCCGAUCCGGAACCUGGCGCGGAGCGCCUCGGACGCCGUGCCCCGUGAGAUGCGCACCGAGCGCGCGCCCGUCUCCCCGUCCGACGGCCCGGAAGAGCAUGUGAUUGAUGCGGCGCUGCUCGAGGCGCUUGCGUUUGCGUUUGCGGCCGAUGGUGUCCAGAGCGGCCUCGCGCUCUUUCCCCCGCGCUGGAGCAUGCGCAAGACGCAGGCGGCGCUCGAGGCGCUCGGCGUGCCGGUGCAGGUUGUGUCGCCCGAACGCCGCGCCGCGCCGCACGAAUCGCCGGUGCUCUACCUGCUGCAGUCGAGCAGCGCGCGCGGCCUCGACGUGCCCGGCCUGACGCACGUCUUUUUGGUCGGCAUGCCGGCCGUGGGCGACGCGGUGCAGUAUACCCACCUUGCUGGGCGCGUCGCGCGCAUCGGCCGCGAUGGCCGCCGGGCGCCCGGCAAGGUCGUGACGCUGCUGCGUGGCCACAAAGGCCAGGCGCGCGACACGAUCUCGUCGAACGAGGAAAAGAUGUCAUCGCUGUACAAGCGCCUCGGCCUGGUGCCUGGCCCCUUUGACCUUUCCUUGCUGGAUGCGUAG